AAGAGGGGAAACCAGAGAAAAGAGGGCGGGCCUAGACUCAGGCAGAGCACACACACCCUCCUGCUCAGCCCACAGUCUGGUCUAGGCAUGCAAGUGGCAGCAUGUGGGAGAAUGCGCUCCAGUGUGUGUAGAGUGAAACACCACGCCGGAGCCUGGGAGAUGUCUGUCUGAUGCAGGGAUUUCCCUCUUUUCCUCCUGAGCAGGACGCAUGCUGGCUGCGCUUUAGGGAAUUAAGCGGGACGCUCACAGGAAACACGGGUAGCUUAAGUGAAGGGCAAAGUGUUUCCAGCAUUUGAGCCUGUUUAGACCAUGUUAUCGGUGGAAUAUCAAAUCCCAGUAAUGAUGGGAAGAUGGUGAUCCGGUUCCUGAAACACAGUUAAAUCAUGGGAAACGUGGAGAGUCAGAACGGAGACAGCAGUGUGUACGGCAAUGAAGCGGUACACCUUUCCCGUAAACAAACAUCCCGCUCGCUCCGCCUCACCAACAAGAAGUCGGUCACUCGCCGGCAAAGGCUCUCUUCGACUGCGAAGCAGGAGUACAGAAACUCAGAGACCUCCACUCGCUCUUCCAGCACACCGAGUAUCCCACAGUCCUUAGCCGAGAGUGGACUGGAACUUUUCAAUGGCACAGAUGAGCUGGGAGAGUUUGGCGUCAACCCUCACUGGACACAACGCAUCUCAAUGACAAUGAGGCCGGACUCCUAUCAACAUGAGGACGAGCCCGUGGCCACGCCAACUCCUGAGACCUCAGAGGCAGACACUAUUGCUCAGGAUGGAGAAGAGGACUCUAUGGGGGAGGGAGAUGUUCCUGGGGAAGAAAGAUACCUCCAAAGAAUGACAGAAGGUCCCAGAGAUGGAGGAACUUUUAUAAAGAAGCGAUCAAAGUCGGCAGACAUGUGGAGAGAAGACAGCCUGGAGUUCUCCAUGUCCGACCUGAGCCAGGAAAAUCUUACCAGUACAGAAGACAUAAUCGACGGAGGAGAGGAAGAGGAGGAGGAGCAAUUCACGCGUCUCAGAGGGAGUGUAGGCUCCACUGAAAGAGCUUCUUCCCUGGACCAUCUGUGCAGCCAGCAGAGUCCAGGCCUCCGGGGUCAGAGGAAUCGUUACAUUAAAAACCACAGAGAAAACAACUGCAAUGGAGGCACCGAAGCAGAGGAUGGGCUGAUGUCUCCAACUGAAGAGGACGGCAGCGGCUAUGGAGCAUUCACCCUCCCCUGUCGGCGAUCUCACUGUCUGUCUGAGGGAUUGUCAGGGCUGGGGAUCCCCUCCGCGCCUUGCCCCGCCUUCCAGGGGCGUCGUGCGCAUACUACUCAGGACAUCUCGGGUGCUAUGGGAGAUGGAAGUGAGUACAGCGACAGCGGCAUCGAUGGCGUUGCCACAGAGACGGAUGCAGACGGCGAGCUGAUCUCCCGGCGGUGUAAAGCCAUGUCGGCCUCGUUCUCUCUCUACUCGGCAGCAGAGAGCAGCGUCUUUAAUGGCAGCGACAGUGGGAGCAGCAGCGCGGGUGGAGGAGACGGAAGAGCUGCUGUGGGAUGCAGAGGAGGAGUAUAUGAGAAUUUCCGGAAGGAGUUAGAAAGUCAGACGAAUCAGGGCAGAGAUUUCCCUGAGGAGGCCAGUUCGGCUGUAAGUGAUGAGCAGAGCAGCGGCACUCUCAGCAGCGCCUACCCAUCUGACACGUUGACUGGCUGCGCACAGGGCACAGUCAGGAAAGCUGGAGCUUUAGCUGUGAAGAACUUCCUGGUUCACAAGAAAAACAUGAAGGUGGAACUCGCAACAAAGCGCAAGUGGAAACAGUACUGGGUGUCUCUAAAAGGCUGCAGCCUCUUCCUGCAUGAAUCAGAUGGUCGCUCGGUAAUUGACCAUAACAACGUUGCUAAACAUGCCUUGUGGGUGGAGAACAGCAUUGUGCAGGCCGUGCCCGAACAUCCCAAGAAAGACUAUGUCUUCUGUCUUAGCAACUCAAUGGGGGAUGCAUUUUUAUUCCAGACAUCAGGCCAAACCGAGCUGGAGAACUGGAUCACGGCGAUCCACUCUGCGUGUGCUGCAGCUCUUGCCCGACAGCACCACAGGGAGGACACCGUUAGGCUGCUCCGAACCGAGAUCCGCAAACUGGAGCAGAAGAUCGACAUGGACGAGAAAAUGAAAAAGAUGGGAGAUAUGCAGCUUUCCGCUGUCACUGAUGCAAAGAAGAGGAAGACCAUACUGGAGCAGAUUUUUUUGUGGGAGCAGAACUUGGAGCGGUUCCACAUAGACCUCUUCCGCUGUCGCUGCUACCUGGCCAGCCUACAAGGUGGUGAACCUCCAAAUCCCAAACGCCUCCUGGGUUUUGCUUCACGUCCCACCAAAAUGGCCAUGGGUCGCCUUGGCAUCUUCUCUGUGUCUUCCUUCCAUGCACUGGUGUCAGCCCGAACUGAAGGCAGCAUCAGGAAGCGAAACCAGGCUGUGCAGCGAACCUUCAGUAAACGGCGCAGCCGCUUCUCCUCCCUCUGGGGUCUGGACACCGCCUCCAGAAGAAAGACCAAAGGACAUCCCUCAGCUCAACAGGUGUUUCAAAAUGGGAUGGAUCCUGUAAGAAAACCGUUGGAGCUCAUGUUUGAAGACUCAGCCAGCGAGAUAUCUAAAAAAACUGAAGACUCCAUGAAAACUGUUCCCCAGCAAAGCGUUGACAGUGAUAUUUGGGUUCCCGAUUAUCUGAAGCCCUCCUGGGUUUGUCUGCCAAACAAUCAGCCGGUCCUGGCCAUCGUUCAGCCUGGGGAGACAACAUUGGAUGUCCUGAGCAGCGUCUGUAAGACCCAUCAGAUCGAGCCCUCUGGUCACUACCUGCGGGUCAAGGUGUGGGUCGACAACCAGUUGCUUUAUUAUGUUCCAAAACCUGAGGAGGAGAUAUCUGAUUUGAUCUACAAAGAAAUUGAGAUUUGCCCCAAAGCUACCAAGGUGAUCUGUUUUGACAAAGCAGAGUCCAGCACCAUUGGAUACGGUUUCACUGUGGCAGUUACAGUAGAGGAUGAUGUACUGCGGCUUCAUGUCAUUGAAGUGAAACCAGGAGGCCUGGCUUCAGCUAAAGGUUUGAAAGCAAGCGAUGAGAUUCAGUUCCUCAAUGGUAAACCUGCCUCCGCCCUCCAACUGGAUGAUUUGAGGGCAGCUUUUGGGAACCGGACGCUUACCCUGAUUGUCAGCACUCUGCCCCAGCUGGACUCUAAGGUGCUGUGCUUCAGUCCUCCUCAUCGCGCCGACGGAGAGCAAGACCCAACCACAGACAUCUUUCCACAGAGUCAAGAGAACAUCCUGGACGAGGCGUCAGGUUUGACUGUGGAAAGCCCCGAUGAGAGCAUGGAAGAGGAACCUCUAUUAACCCUGCAGAGCCCCAGAGAUCAUUACAAUGACAGAACAUUAAUGGCAGCUGGACAGAAGAGCACAGAGCAAGUCGCUGCUUUCUGCCACAGUCUCCAUGACAUGAAUCCUCUGGAGUGCCCAAUGUCAUCCUCCUCAUCAUCGUCUUCGUCGUCCCUGUCACCGAGCCCCGUGUCAGCUUUGGCGCCUGCUGCCGGUACUGCCGCCCAGAGACAGCUUUCCCAUGCAGACAAACUGCGCAAGGUCAUCAGUGAAUUGGUGGAGACGGAGAAGACGUAUGUCAAGGACCUGCGGUGUCUCAUAGAGUACUACUUGAAACCUUUACAGAAAGAGAGUUUCCUAACACAGGAUGAGCUGGAUGUCUUAUUUGGUAAUCUUGAAGAGAUGGUGGAAUUCCAGUUGGAGUUUUUGCGAACACUUGAAGAUGGAAUCAGACUGUUGCCUGAUCUGGAAAGAUUGGAGAGAGUGGACCAGUUUAAGAAGGUGCUUUUCUCUUUGGGUGGGUCAUUCCUUUAUUAUGCUGAUCGGUUCAAGCUCUACAGUGCGUUUUGUGCCAGCCACACAAAGGUCCCGAAGGUCCUGGCGAAAGCCAAAACUGACCCAGAGUUCAAAGCCUUCCUGGCUGAGAGAAAUCCCAGACAGCAACAUUCAUCCACUCUGGAGUCUUACCUGAUCAAACCCAUCCAGAGAGUCCUGAAGUAUCCACUCCUACUCAGGGAGCUCUACUCUCUCACUCACCCAGACAGUGAAGAACACUACCAUCUGGAUGUCGCAAUGAAGGCCAUGAACAAAGUUGCAAGUCACAUCAAUGAGAUGCAAAAGCUUCAUGAGGAGUACGGGGCAGUUUUUGAUCAGCUCAUCAAUGAGCAGACGGCGGAUAACAAACAGGUGCUUGAUCUCUCAAUGGGCGACCUUCUGCUGCACUCAACAGUGGCAUGGAUGAAUCCUCCAGCCACUUUUGGCAAAAGCAAAAAGGACCCAGAAUUAUCUGCUUUUGUGUUCAAAACUGCUGUUGUUUUUGUCUACAAAAACUCCUCCAAGCACCGGAAAAAAAUUGGAGGAUCUCAUCGUGCGACUGUGAGCGAGGACAGGGAUCAUUUCCGCUUCCGAUACAUGGUUGCAACAGACUCCCUGCAAGUCCGGGCCCCUGCAAGCUCUGAUGCCACAGCAGUAUGUGAACUAGUCCACAUAAGGUCUGAAUCUGAAGGAAGACCAGAAAGAAUCUUUCAGCUGUGCUGCAGUUCUCCAGAGAGCAAAAAAGACUUCUUGAAAGCAGUCCAGUCUAUUCUUAGAGAGAAGCAACGGCGACAUAUUCUCAAGACAAAAUCUAUGCCGCUCAACCAGAAAUAUGUCCCGUUUGGUGGCAAACGCCUGAGCGCCCUCAAAGGUGCACGACCUGCCAUGAACAGAGCAGCAUCUGCCCCAUCACGAACUCUGAGUCGCCGAAACCUCUUGAAGAACCACAUUAUCAUUGAUGCUGACCAGGUUUUCCACGGCACCAACAACAACAGCACUGAUGUUCCCAACAUCACCCAUCAGCCAUCCCGCUCCCCUUCAAACACCCCUCCCUCCAAGCACGAACCUCAUCCGUCUCACAAACUUCAGGCAGAGGACACGGACCGUUGGGUGGAGGAGCAGUUCAACCUGAGGCGCUACGAAGACCAGUGCAAAGACAUCGACGACAGACAGGUGAAGGAGACGGACAUCUUGAGUGACGAUGACGAAUACUGUAAAUCUGUGCGAUCCCCGUCGGCCGAACCAGACUCCCUGGAGGCAGGAGUGGGAGGACUGAGCUUGCACAGCAAAGAGGUCAACUUGAAUAGAAAGAUGGAGUCCAGAAGCGAGAUGGAGCAAGGUGUGAAAGUGGACCGAACAAAACAGAGGGAUGAUUCAGACUCCUUCACAUCCUGCAGCCUGUCUGUCUCUUAUUCCUCAAAGCUUGCUCCUUUGAAGCAGCAGUGUUCUGUGGAGGGAGCCACUAGCAAGAACCACAACGUGAUCUGGGUACGACGGGACGACUUUAAUAAAGGGUGCAACAGCGACGUCUUUUGAUGGGAGACUACAGAAUGAAGAGGAGAGCAAACGGAGGCGUCUUCCACUCAAUUCGUUACUGUGCAAAAGUGUUCAUUCCCCUUGAAUUUUUUUUUUUAUCAUGGUAUUUUAUUGGGAUUUUGUGAUGGAUGGCACAAAAAAAUGUGCAUAAUUAAGUGGAAGCAAAAGGAUUGUUUUCCUAAUUACAAUUUUAAUUCCGAAAACUGAAAAGACCAUUUAUAUUCUGCCAUCUAAAGCCUCUAAAUUAUUUAUUAGCCAAGAAACUGAAGACACAUUGUUGCACUGCAUUUAAUUAGGAUUAUUAGAGUAAAAGGGUCUAUUUAAAAAUGCCAAACUCCUCAGAUUUUCUUUUUCAUCGAAUGAAUCAUUUUUCUUUCACUUCAUAAUUAAACUCCGCAUUUUUCCUGCCACUGAAAAUCCCAAUGAAAUACAUGGAAGUGUAUGGUCAUAGCUUAUUGAUUAUAAAACUGUGAAAAUGCUUAAGGGGUAUAAAAAGCUUUGCAAGGAGUUGGAAAUCAGGAUUCCAAGACAAUGUAGGGCGAAUCAGGUACAAGCUUUAAGAGAAAGUGUACAGCACUGUGAUGCUAACCACUCUUUUAACUCCACCCAGUUUGACAAUCGUACCAUCUUACAACAUGCUCUGGUUCCUCUUGUGCCCCUCAGAUUCUAAUUCAGAACUUCUGUCUGUGAAAUUGCAACAGAGAUCCCUCACUGUACCCAGGCAUUUCACAAACAGCUGGCAUUUAUCUGAAGAUGAAAGCACUGCAUGUGCAUACAUUUCAGAUGAGGAGGUGUAUGUAUUCAUACGCUGGAAAGCACAUCGUAUGUAGACGCAGGCAGCUACUGUCUCGUGACACAACACUGCACAGAAGAGACAUCCUCACUUAUGACUCAUGGACCAAAACAUCUAUUUUUCAACACAGUAAUGUGGGUGUUAUAUAUUUUUCUGACUCGAAAAGCUGUUUGUAUUUAGCCCCAAACCAACCCUUUCCCCCCACCAAGGGCUGUGUGUUCUUUCUCUUCAGGGGAUUUAGGCUGAAUGACUGCUGUAUAAAAGAUGGUGAGGUCCGGCUAGUUUUUAUUGGGCUUUUUUUAAAAAACUGUUUUAACUUAAUAUCAGCUGCACAUCACUGUAUAGUUGGAAGUAAUAAUAGUGCUGAUCACCUGUUGUACAAAAAGGUUUUAAUGCUCACUUUUUCUCUUGUAUGCUUUUUGAAAAUGGUUAUGAAUAGCAAUUUUUUCAUGUUUAUUUAACAUUGCCUUUUUGGAAAACUUUACUGUAACUUAAUGUUUACAACACAUUUAUCUGCUCAGUGUUACAAACUUUGUAUUUGGUGGCAGAAACAGACUUGACAAAACUCUCUUCUGUGCUCUUCUCAUCUUUUCUGUUUUAUUGUAAAAAAAAAAAAAAAUCCCUCUAUUUUGGUAGUUUUUUAGCUCAUUAGAUCCUACACUGGAUCUUGGAGUCCCUUCAAGCUUGAUGUCUUUAAAAUACAGCCCAACCACUCUAGCCCUGUUUACUUGAAUAUUAUUAGUCCUGAGCUGCAACUUAAUUCUCCUUAAUCAGAUCCAAGCAACCUUUUACAUUUAACUUAUGAACAUCCCGUCACAGCCUGCAUCCGCUUCACAAUCUUGUGAUGCUUCACCUUUCCACCAGGUGGUGCCAUUUCAUUAUCACCACAGCAACGUGCUUAAUGUGAGACCUCUGUACAGAACACAAGUACAAGCACUUAACACCGAACUGUGAACACAGAGGCUUAGCUACUCUGGUUGAUAGAAAUAAGGAAGUGGAUUAUUUUAAACUUUAUGUUCUUGAUCUAUUUACAAACCUGACAUCUCAGCUAACGGCUCACUGGUUCAUCACAUCUGGGAAAGACUUCUGACUGUGAGGUACAAUCACCAGGCCCUGGAGGCAAACUCUGUGAAAAGCCCUUUGACUCUCACCUUUUGAAACUGUUUGUACUUAAAACUGUGGAUUUUUAUGUGAAAAUAAAUUUUCUCAUUAAACUUA